AUGCCAAUAGAAUGCCGACGAUCAACUACAGGGGGAAAGGGGAAUCGUGGAAUGUAUAUAGAAAGGGACCCAAAUAUCGUCGCAGCGGGUUUACCCACAGCACAACAAGAUGAGAAGGUAGGUGAUUUCUUGAAACAUUAUUUACUUCAAGAAGAAGCUGAUGCCCUAAUAGGCGACGCUAUCAUCCCACCACCUAAAGCUAGGGCACUACCACCACUGCGUAAGCCCAUACCUUUAGAUAUGCGGUUUGCAGGUCCUAAUUGCCAUAUGGCACAAACCUUAAAUACUUCAGAUAAAACAAAGUUUAUGACUCUAAUAUCAGAUUUUAAGGCCACAACGUAUAGUUCGUAUUGGAAGGCUCCGCUGGGACAGAGCAAGGAUCCUAUACCAAUGCUACCAGCUGGUUUUGAUAUACAUGGAACUACUUUUGGCAAAGCUACUCCUUUCCAUGGACGCUUAUACGAUAUUGUUAUGCCAAAAGUUCCUUACCCUGAUAAAACCCCACCAUCAAAAAAUGCUGGAGCUCAAAUAGACCGCAAGUAUUGUAAACCUCCUUAUAACCCUGAUUUAACAUAUGGUCAUCGGACAUUUGUAGAUAAACGAGGUACUUAUGCUCGGUGCUGUUUAUCUGACGACAGAAUAAAGUUAGGAGCAAGUAAUAAAAUGAUUUGUAAUACUGUGCAAUCAGAUUUCAUACAUGCAAAACAACCUAGAGUGGGUUUAGAACUGGCCCCUAACAACAACAUACGUGAAGUACCUGUUGGAUAUUCUUUCGGCAUUCUUAAACGACCUGAUAAUGUAGCCGAAUGUUUAGCGUACUGUGAAGUAAACAAAGGAGUUGCAUUUUUCAGGCAAUGCAUGAAACAUCUCAAUACUGUUCGAAAAGCAUUAUCAUCGAGAUAUUUACCCACAUUUUUUCACCAACUUUACUUAAGCUUAAAGUUUUAUGAUUCUAAUAAAACUGGAUGGUUACCAAAGGAUAUUGUUUAUAAAUAUUGUAAUAGUAAGUUGAUUAGAUUUGAUCCUACACUAAUGGAACCUUUAUUAUCAAUGUGGCAAGCAUGCGAUGGAAAUAAUAUUGAAUAUAAAACUUUUGUUCGUGUCAUUAACUACAGAAUACCUUCUCCUGAAAUGCCAAAAAUACCUGAUCUCAAAGCAGAUUGCUUAGAAUAUAGUACUACCUAUAGAGAAAUGGUCAAGCCAGGACAGGUUGCUGAUAAUCGUAAAAUGGCAGGAUUGCCUUCAGGCAGGUAUUUUGAUUUAGAUUACCCAAUAUCGCCCGAAAGAUGCUGUGCAGCGGAUAGAACAUGCCUUCCCCACGAAUCAGACAUGAAAAGUUGUAUUGCACCUAGUAUUUUAACAAAACUUUUCAUCGACCAUCGCGACAUGUAUACCAAACGGGAUGCCAGUACUAUUAGAAAAGUAUUUGAAGCCGCUGGAGAACAGUUUUCUGAUGAAAGGUUUGAGGCUCUUUGGAAAGAAGCUCAAAAACUUCAUUCAGAAGGCUGGGUUUGCUUUGAAACAUUUCGUCAGACAUUGGAGAACUGCCCGGAAUCUAAAGAUUCAGACAACAACAAGGCUGUCUAG